CACUUAACUGUUUGUUCGCUUAAUACACCACCAUCUUCUUUUGUUGGACAUUUUGAUGGCUCAAGCCCUUUCAAAUGAAAAUAAAGGGAAGUAAAUCGAAAGCUUGUCCUUGCCAUCAUGCGUAAAAUUGGCUAAAAAAUACUGGAAGAGUGCAUAAUACCAGUAUCAUUUUUGUGCAGGUCGUUGUCUCGUGGAUGUACAUUGUAUUUAUACAAGUCGUCCGCAACUGUGUUUCUUGUGCAUGCUUUUACUUCUGCUUCUUGUCUUGUUCAGAAUGUAUGUGUAGGUAUUUGCCAUCAUCAUACCCAAUCCGUGUUUGCUCGAUUUGGCAAUCUGCUUCUUAUCACACGUACUGAGCGAAUCUUCCCUGCGACUCUUUGCUCCUGUGUGUGACCAUGAUUCGCCUCUUUCGUGUAAACUUCAAGAGAAAUAUCCAGCUUCUCUUUUCCUCUCCUGCCAUAAAUGAUUGAGCAUCAUCACAUCGUUGGAAUAAAGAAGAAAGAAAAGGCAUACAUCGUGAGCAAAUCACUGCGUGCGGUUUAACCGACCAUUCAGCGCACAGAUGAACGAGCACACAAUACAAACGCAAACAAUAAUAAUUUCAUUUUUUUUUCUCUCCCUCUCGCUCUCUCUUAUGAAUGGCGUCGCGGCCAUACAUCGGUUGCUGGGGUGACGAAUCUUUGUGUUGGAACCCCAGAUAAAAGGACCAUCCAUUAAGGGGGGUAAAAACACACUGUAGAACGUGGGAAAACGUUCCUGAGCAAACCUGUUGAAACAUAUUUCCACAAAGAUGAAGGGGCUGCUUCAUAAUAGAAGUACACCUGUUGAAUACGCCGAGAUACAAUGAACUUUUCUCCCCUCGCGCCGAGGCUGUGGCGAAAUCGGAUUCAAUGUAUGUUUUCGUAAAUGCGACAUCGAGGUAUCGGCUGCAGUUAUCGAAGGUCUUGCUCAGAUUAGUUUACGCGGGAAAAGUACACAUUUUCUUCCAUUGACAUCACAGACUAAAUUACUUUCUUCUUUGCAUCUGUCUUUGUGAAGCGUGGACAUCAUAUUUUUGAAAGGAAUCACAUCAUUAAGGCGACGCUGGAAUUAGUUUCUGGACAAAACAUCUUGACGCCGCACGUCAUCAUAUCUCCGUUGUGUUGUUUUGCAUUAGUUGGAUACCAAGCAGUUCUAUAUCGCAUUUCAUGACAAAGCAGGAAGUUAUAGAAGAAAUAUUGCACUUUUGAUAAUUUUGGGUAGGAACUGCACCCAAAAUUUAUAAUUUCAGCCCAUCCCCGCCAUUUGAUGUUUUUUAAAGAUCUUAAACUACCAUCUUAAGCAGUCGUAUUAUGUGUGAAUCAUAUGGUGAUCAAUAAAGGCUACACACAGCAAUAAACCUCUCGUCUCAUUUACGGACUCAAGACGCUGUUUGCAACUCUCCCUCUAGAACCAAACACAAAGGAUUUAUUUGAGUUUUAAGGAGAAGUUUAAACUAACUAAAUACCGCUCUGCUCGGGGGUGUUUACAUUCGCUUGGAGAAGAACCUUCUUCAGAUUGUCCGUCCGUUGAAAUAAUCUUUCAUAUUGACACAAAUUCUGUUUGGUAGAUCGCCAUAAACUUCUUGAAUAGAUAUUAAUGGGAAGUAAGCUUAUGAAGAAUAAAAUGGCGGGCAAAUAUAUAUUGUUCAUGUACUUCAUUCUGAUGUCAUUGCUGUGCCUUUUCGGUUACGAUAGUCCUUCGGCGCAGGCGGUAGGAAAUCGGCAAGAAAUCACCGUCGACCCGAAGGAUACGAACGCCAUACGCGGAGAGCUCGCGACGCUCUACUGCACCAUCGCCAACCAAGUGGGGGUGCCAUCGUGGUCAAAAGACGGCGAGAUCAUCGCCGUCAAGCCCAUCGACGACACCGGCGACGCCGGCGAGCAUCGAUGGGCGAUCUUCGGCAACGAGUCGGCGGGCGAGUUCAACCUCCAGAUCGUAGACGUGGAUGACUCGGACGCCGGUGUCUACACGUGUAAUAUUUCCCAGUCGUCGUUGCCUAGUGGGUACCUGUCGUCCCAGCCCGCAGCCCUUCACGUUCUCCCGCCGCCCGAAGGUGAUUUCCCAGUGUGUCUCAUCAGUAUUGAAGGUACUUUAGACGUCGGGGAGGCUGUCGAGUUCACCUGUGCAUAUAAGACAGAAAGCACGCACCAAGUUCAGCUCUAUUGGACAAAACAAGACGACGCUGCUUUCGAGCCUACAAGCCCAGAAACACACAUCCGUGAUGGUUUUAUUGUCACUCAAUUCUACCACAGCAUCACACGAGAUGAUCAUCUCUCGACCUUCCAAUGCAUCGCCGAUAGCUCUGAUCUCCCGUCCGCUCGCUCCUGCACGACGGGCUUCAUCGUCGUUCGUCACGCCCCCGACGUGAUGAUAACGCCCGCAGCGCCGUCGGUACGCCGCGGUGACAGCGUCAACUUUACCUGCCUCAUUAAGUCGUCGUAUCCGGCGGAUUUCGUCUACUCGUGGACGUACAAAGGAUUACCGCUAGAUAGCUUCGGAGAGAAGAUUAUUGCAAGGGGGACGCAGGUUUCUAUCUCUGAUAUCGGGGAUGACGAUAGUGACGCGGAACUCACGUGUGAAGCGGUAAAUGACGUAGGAUCAAGCCGAGCCACCGCGGUUAUAGAACUCGUCACAUCCUCACCGCAGAGUAACAUCUAUACAUGGGUCAUUCCCAUCGCAAUAAUUGUGGCGAUUAUUUUGAUCAUUUUGAUCAUCGUAUCGAUACUUUUUGAAUGCAGAUGCUGUUGCAAGAGGUACGUCCGUACAAAGAAACUCACAGCAAACGGGUGGUCCGCAGAACAGUUUAUCAUGGAAACUCGAUUGCACGUCCCUGAACGACGCAACAGCGACGCAACGACGGACUUCUUCAUGGCGCGGGACAUCGCGACACCAGCGAGAGCGCCGUCAAGAGUCAGCCAACAGCGGAACCAAAGAGCUGACAUGAGGUACAUCCAAGAAACAGCCAUCGACAACAUCAACCAGACACGUCCCGAUUACGGUAGCUUUGGAGUAGAGCAGCGGAAGCAGCGACCACGCAACGCAUCGACAAGCCCUUACCAACCCGUCGGUUCCAAGAUGGAAGGAUACACCGAAGUCGAUGACACGUCACCCGAAAGGAACACAAGCCCGGGAUUCAGUGACUCCGGUCUCGACUACCAGUCGUCACUGGACGGAAGCGGGAGCCCAACGUCAAGGGCGGAUUCGACGCCGAUCUAUGCCCAGGUACGGCGAGGUGGACGAGCAUCGCGUAUCGGAGGAUCUCGGCCUAGUAUUCAAGAAAGGCAAAACAUAAUGGACCAACUAUGAUGAUGGGCCUUAUUUCUAUACCAAACUGUGCAAUAUGCACCGGUCUUUUCUUAAAUGCACGACGUGUACGAUUUCACUUGCUUAUUGCCUUUUCGUAAAUAUUUGUAUGGACAUUUUGAUGCAUUUUGGUGUGAACUGUCAGUCAUGAUUGUUCUUUGUCUUAUGGAGUCUAUAGUUACUGUGAAGUUUUUUUUUACUGUAUGGUAUUUUCUGUUCAACCAUCCUUAAAGGUGAUAUUUCGUCCACCCCUAUGAACGUAGCUUUAGUCAAAUGAUCAGUCUGAUGACCCCCUCUUCCCACCCUUCCCCCUAUAUUUACCAUGUUUAUGCCGAAUUGUGGUAGCAAACAAUAUUUUUAUCAACGAACGUAGAGGGCAGCAACACUUUGCCGUGUGUUUGCUGCCCUCUACUUUCGUUGAUUUUAUUUUUAUCGUACAUAGGUAUAUGCACGAAAGUGUAAUUGCCCGGCACACACUAUACGGUCCAAUACGAAGCGUUUUUUUUUUUUGGGGGGGGGAUAAAUCGCAUUUCGCAUUAAAUGUGACAUUUCCAAGCACUCAAGCAGCAAACUUAUUUCAUUUGAAGUUCGGCAUAAUGUGAAGAAUAACAAAAUCAUAAUUUUGCUUUGCUGUUUUCGGAGUUAAGUCCAAAUCGGUUUUAAGUCGCAGGCGAUUACGACGUCGUUACGAUUUGUGGAAUUGAUCUUGCUUUCAUUCCUACAGGGAGGCUCGACAUUGACUGAAUUUCGCACUCCAGUAGUCUUAUCGCAAUUCUGAAUUCUGUUUGCUAAAAUUCCACUGGUUGGAAUGUUCCUUUUUGUCUCACCUGCGUAAUGGAGUGAGACUAUAGGCGCCGCUUUUCCGACGG